UUUAUGUUACAAGAGACGAAGAGUUUUUAAACCAAACAUUGGGUGGGACAAUUAAUUUAGUCCCCAAAAUAUUCCGCCAAUCUCUUCCUUCCGCCUGGAAUACUCUUUGGCUCAUCUUCCUGGAAGCGUCCUCCAACAGAAGACAAGGCUCAAGAAGAAAGAAACCAAUUCCAUCCUUCUGUCUUCAUCUUCAUCACCAAUAUGCAACAAGGAGAUUACAGUUCCUACCAUCACCAAUAUUCUCACCUUCAAAACCCUAACCCUAUUCCCAAUCCCAAUCCCAAUCCGACGGCCGAUCUUCAUCCAACCUCUUACGCAUCAGCGCCUCCAUUUGCAACUACUUACUCUCCCGCCGAUUAUUCUUCCUGUUCCCAAAAUUACCCUCCGUAUCCUCAAAAUCACGAUCCUGCACCUCCCACGGCCCCUGUAACAACUCCAAACCCCAAUUCACUUUCUUCAUUCAAUCCGGUCCCUCCACAGCAAUCGCCUCAGUUCCCACCCUACGAUUCACAUGUUCCGUACCAACCGACACCGACCACCACCCCUACGCAACAACAACAAUCACAACCACCGGCUGCAUAUUACCCGCCGUUUGAUCAGCAUCAGACUGUCCCCGGUUAUGCCUCGCAAAAUACGAAUCCCAAUUCGUCUUACUCGUCGAUGUACUCCGCACCCUUCAGCAACAACGUAGGAUUAUCAGUGGCGCCGGUGUAUGAGAACCUUUACGAGAAUUCAAAUUCGAUGAAAUUUGAUUCGGGUGGCGAUUAUUUCAACGAUAAUUACGGGGGUUACGACGGAAGCCGUUCCAAUUUGGGCUCCGAUCUUUAUGGACAGCGGCCGGAGAGUAAUAAUUUUUCGCGGAACGAUAGGGGGCGAGAUGAUUUAUAUGGCGAUGGCGUAUUCGCAUAUAAUGGUGGCAAGGUGGAGCCAUAUGGGGCCCGUGGCACGAUCCCAAAGUCAACGACAUCUACUUUGUUUGAUGAUUAUGGGAGGUCGAUUAGUUUGCCUUCUAGUAAGGACUCACAGUCAUCUGUUGGCUCAGGUUCGAGUAAGAUCGUGAGAGCAGUACCUAAAGCUGAAUCGCAGCAGGAUGUGAAGAGUGGAGUCCAGAAGUUUAGAGUUAAACUUCUGCCUGAAAGUGGCGGCCAGAGUACCAUGGAUGUGCUCUGCCAGAUUGGCUUGGAUGGAAUUUGUAUGCUUGAUCCCAAUACUAGUCGGACAUUGAGAAUAUAUCCUCUUGAGAAUAUCACAAGAUGUGAAUUGGCUGAUUCUUCUACCUUAGCGUUUUGGUCAAAGAGUUCUGUUGACAUUGAACCAAGACGGAUCAGAUUGCAAUCAAAUAGUUACACUACAAAUACUCUUCUGGAUACAGUGACUGCUGCAACUGUACAGCUGAAGGAGAUGGGUGGUAGAAGCAGACCUUCUGACACCUUGAAGACAGCUGAGCAGCCUGUGGAGAAAAAGAAAGUGUUAGCUGAUUGGAUGAAUAUAAUAAAACCUGGGAGUGAAGAAAAAGACCACUGGGUCCCUGAUGAAGCAGUUUCUAAGUGUACAGCUUGUGGCACAGAUUUUGGGGCUUUUGUGCGAAAGCAUCAUUGCAGGAACUGUGGUGAUAUAUUCUGUGACAAGUGUACACAUGGUAGAAUUGCUCUUACUGCUGAUGAGAAUGCUCAGCCUGUUCGAGUUUGUGACAGAUGCAUGGCAGAAGUAACUCAAAGGCUAAGUAAUGCUAAAGAAGCAGCUAAUAAACCUGCAAUGCAGAGUCAUGAGGAUCUUGCCAGGAAACUUCAGGAGGAAAUGGAGAGAAAUCGCAGGGCCUCAUCAGGCUUCAAGACUGAUGGAUCUGGGAGACGGAUGAGGGAAGUUGCUUGUCCUAUUUGCACUGUCCAUUUACAGGUCCAGGUUCCCAGCUCGGGUUCUGAGACUAUUGAGUGUGGGGUUUGCCAGCAUCCUUUCCUUGUGAGUGCUCAUUGAUCUCACAUGGAUCCUGAUGAGGGCUUUCAUAUGCCUGUGGAUAAUAGCUCUGGUUUAUGUUAUUUUAAUUUGUUUGGUUUUGGGUUACCAAUAAUUUUGCUUAGCAUUUAUAUCGGCUCUUCAUGGUUUGUUUGACGGGAUGUCUUCCUGUGUCAUUGUCAGUGUGCAUAUUGAGUUCAUUCAGGUUCCAUUCAAUUGAGUUGUCUGUUCAUAAAACCGAGAGUUAAUUUACAGAGGAAUGUAACUAUGUUUUUAUGGUCAA